AUGCAUUCAGCGCCAGCGCCCGACCAGCUUACACGCCAUCUGCCUCGCAUACUUUGCCUCCAUGGCGGAGGAACCAACGCACGUAUUUUUCGAGCCCAAUGUCGUGGAAUUGUUGCGCAGUUAAAGUCAGAAUAUCGCCUCGUCUUUGCUCAAGCACCAUUCGAGUCUCAAGCUGGCCCCGAUGUCACGCCGGCCUACGGCGAAUGGGGCCCGUUUCGUCGCUGGCUUCGCUGGUUACCUGACCAGCCUCAUGCGCACCCCAACUUCAUAAUUGAGCAAAUAGAUGAGGCGUUGAUGGAUGCCAUGGCCGCUGAUACUAGAGCGGGCGCAACUGGCGAAUGGGUCGGCAUAUUGGGAUUCAGUCAGGGCGCGAAAGUAGCCGCUAGCAUCCUGUAUAGACAACAACUUCGACGGCAAUCUCUCGAUCAAGACGACCUACUCAAUUUCCAAUUCGGCAUUCUUAUAGCAGGCCGAGCACCUAUUGUUUCUUUGGAUCCCGACAUGUGGCCGGAUCAGACACUUCCAGAUGCAUCGCAACUUACGGACUGGCCCAAGAGGGACAGCGACAAGCGCAGUUUCUACGGCAAUGGACACAUUCUGAGUAUUCCCACACUGCAUGUGCAUGGCCUUAACGACGAGGGUUUAGAGCUUCACCGCAGUUUAUUUGAGAACUUUUGCGACUCGCGGAGCAGGCGUUCGGUAGAGUGGGAUGGGGCGCAUCAAGUGCCGCUGAAGUAUAAGGACGUGCAGGUAGUCGUGGAGCAGAUACGUAAUCUUGCAGCUAGCUCAACACUGUAUACUUAA